GAGGCUUUGUAUCUGCUAAUGACUCGGAUUGCAGAACACAAACCAUCAUGGCUGUCUACUCCGAGUCAGUGACCCUAUUCCUGCUAUGCACCCUCGUUAUGUUGUGUGUAAAGAUCCUUAUGGACUUUUCUAAAAGAAACAUCUAUAAAUUUCCCCCAGGACCAACUCCUCUGCCUAUUAUCGGGAACAUGCACAUCCUGGAUAUUAACAGACAAGAUUACACUUUUAUGGAGCUUGCAAAAAAAUAUGGCACAUUCUUCACCUUCCACUUUGGAUCUACAAAAGCUGUGGUUCUGGUUGGAUAUGAAGCCAAUAAAGAAGCCCUGGUGAAAGCUAACUAUGACUUUGGAGAACGUGGACAGAUCCGUAUUGUUGAUGACUUUCAGAUGAACCAUGGUGUAAUCUUUUCCUCUGGGGAAGGAUGGAAAAUAAGCCGAAGAUUUACUCUUUCAAUCCUACGUGAUCUUGGGAUGGGGAAAUCAUCCAUUGAAGGCAGAAUUAUUGAAGAGCUACAAUAUUUGAAUGAGUCAAUCAAGUCUCACAAUGGCCAACCUUUUGAGAAAAAAGUGUUUUAUUACGCUCCCCCAAACAUAACUUUUCGGAUUUUAUUUGGGAGACGCUUCGACUAUGAUAACCCAACUUUUCAGAAGAUGGUGACCAUAAUAGAUUAUCUUGUUAUUCACACUGGUCUCCCUCCUGCUAAGUACUACAAUGUUUUUGGCAUACUGAAAUACUUCUUGAAAACACCCCACACCGUUGUUAAGAAAGUUGAACAGCUAAAUGAGAUUUUGAGAGUACUCUACAAAGAAGCAAGGGAAACUAAAUGUGACGAAUCUUUCAGGACUUACGGUGAAGCCUUCAUACAGAAAGCUGAAAGGGAAAAAUCAACAGAUGAAAAAGAGAAGAUCUUCACAGAAGAGAACUUGAUGGCUUCCACGUUUGACCUCAUGCUUGGUGGCACAGAAACCACGUCUACUACACUGCAGUGGGGCAUCUUGCUCAUGAUGAAAUAUCCCAACAUACAAAAAAGAAUUCAUGAUGAAAUUGAAAAUGUGAUAGGACUGGAUCGCCCCCCCAGGUGGGAAGACCAGAAAAUCCUUCCAUACUGCUUGGCAGUAGUGCAUGAAAUUCAAAGGUUUGGUAACAUCCUUCAGUACUUGUUACAUGCCACAUCCACAGAUGUCCACUUCAGAGGCUACUUUAUACCCAAGGGUACCCCGGUGGUCCCACUUUUCACAUCAAUCCUUUAUGAUGAAACAGAAUGGGAGACCCCCAGGGAGUUUAACCCUAAUCAUUUUCUGGAUGCUGAUGGAAAAUUUUUGAAGAAAGACUCCUUCUUUGCUUUCUCCAAAGGGCGUAGGGUGUGCGCUGGAGAGAGCCUGGCCAGGAUGGAGCUAUUUAUCUUCUUCACUGGCAUGCUUCAAAAGUUUACCUUCACACCCCCACCAGGAGUGGACAGGGAUGACCUAGACCUCACUGCAGACUCGUUCUUUCUCAUGAGACCGAAGAGUUACAAAGUUUGCGCCACUCCCCGGCAGUAGACAGUGGCAGAUAUGUUGUGGUGAUGAUGUGUGCACUUAGCAUUGGGGCUUUUGAAGUCCAAUUGCUGGGAGUUAUGUCAUAUAGUUUCCAUACUGCCAACACUGGGCACUAAUGAAGCUUAUACUUGUGUAAUUACUGCUUUGUUCUGCUUCUGUUCAUCAUACUGUGCCUUUUACGUUGUUUGCUGUAGCAAAUUUCAUAUAUGUGUCAAAGUCAAGAUUGUUCAUUUGAAAGCAUCGUUUUUGGGUCCUACAAUUAAGCCAUUUCUUUUAAACUUUACGGGGCCGUAACUAGCUAUGGGCGAGAGGUGCUUGGCAGGCACCCGCCGAACCAUGCCACACUACCACCCGCCAGCCCAUCAUCGCCGCUAGUUAUCUGCAGCGCUGCCCGAGAAGGGGAGCGCCCAAGACCCGGCUCCCUUUCUCGCUGAUAAUACUAACGUAUAGCUGGGCAGCACUGCAGCUUAACGCCCACAUGCUCCGUCCCCUCCCUCUGUCCGUACUCCUGAGACCCCAGACUCCCAGAGCGACCUACGAGGAGCAGGUCCGGCGACAGGGAAGGGGGGGGGGUGUCAAAGUGAAUAAACGUAUAGGCUCUGACCUUGACAGUCAAAGAAGAACGUGUGGAAAAAGAGAAAAAGAGCAAUAAAGAAAAUAGAAUGCAAAAUAAUUACAUUACCGACAAUGUUCAUUUUAAUUUUUACAGAUGUAGUAUUAUGUUUUAUAUGCAGAUCUUUUGAUGAAGGAAGUGGCCAUGGUUGAUUUUAAGUAAUGUUUAGCUGGCACACAAGACACUUGCCUGUCUGAAGUAGUGGUAACUGUAGUAUAAUGUCUAUCAACAAGUCCAACCACUUGGAACAUCUUUAUAUUAAAGGUCCUAUGCAAACACAGCAAUGAAGAUCUAAAUUAUUCACAUAGGGGUCUAUUCAUGAAGCAGUGAAAAGUGUGGAAAAGUGAACCAGUGGAGAAGUUGUCCAUGGUAACCAAUCAGUGUUGAGGUAACAUUUAUAAAAUGCAUUCUAAAAAAUUAUACGUAGCAGCUGAUUAGUUGCCAUGGGCAACUUCUCCACUGGCUCACUUCUCCACACUUUUCAUUGCUUCAUGAAUAGACCCCUCAGUGCGAUAGAAUAGAGUUAUACAGGUGCAACAUGCACAGGCAAAUGCUGGGGGGAGGGGGUUCCAGUUGCCCUGAAGCCCUUUCCCAACAGCUUGGCCAGUGGCGACUACAUGCAGUAUAAAGGAAUACUCAGGGCCAGCCCUAGCCUAAUUAUGUUGGUAUGCGAAUAUAUAUUUUGGCGCCCCUUAGUGAAAUAUAUAGGUGCAUGGCUUAAUGGGGAAGGGGCAUGGCCACAGAAUAGUAUCAAUUCACAUUACACCGCACAGUAGAGACCACAGGGAAACUGCAGCACAGUACACCACAGUAGAGACGCUUAUACAUGUUACACCCCAGAGGAACUGCUUAUACACGUUACACCACAGAGUAGUUACUUAUACACGUUACACCACUGAGGAGACACUUAUACACGUUACACCACAGAGGAGCCGCUUAUACAUGUUACACCACAAUAGAGCCGCUUAUAUACAUUACACCGCAGUAGAGCAGUUUAUACACGUUACACCACAGUAGAGCCACUUAUACACGUUAAACCCAGUAGAGCCGCUUAUACACGUUACACCACAGUAGAGCCGCUUAUACACAUUACAUCACAGAGGAACCACUUACAGUAUACAUGAUACACCACAGAGGAGCCACUUAUACACGUUACGCCACAGAGGAGCCGCUUAUACACAUUACACCACAGAGGAACUGCUUAUACACGUUACACCCAAGUAGAGCUGCUUUUACACAUUAUACAACAGUAGAGCCACUUAUAUACGUUACACCACAGUGGAGCCGCCUAUACACGUUACACCACAGAGGAGCCGCUUAUAUAUGUUACACCACAGAGGAGCUGCUUAUACAUAUUACACCAGAGGAGCCGUUUAUACUUUAUACACGUUACACCACAGUGGAGCCGCUUAUACAUGUUACACCACAGAGGAGCCGCUUAUAGACGUUACACUACAGAGGAGCUGUUUAUACACGUUACACCAUAGAGGAACCGCUUAUACACGUUACACCACAGUAGAGACGUUUAUACACGUUACACCACAGAGGAGCCGAUUAUACACGUUACACCACAGUUGAGCCAUUUAUACACGUUACACCACAGAGGAGCCGCUUAUACACCUUUCACCACAGUAGAGUGGCUUAUACACGUUACAUCACAGAGGAGCCACUAUACACAUUACAUAUAUUGUAUAGGGGCACAAUGACACACACAUAUGGUGCAGGUCCCAGUGGAACACUGACACACACAGACCAGGAGCACACUGACACAAAAACAGAUUGUAUAUGAGCACACUGACACACACACUGUAUGGGGACCAGAAGCACACUGACACACACGCUAUAUAGGGACCAGAUGCACACUGACACACACACACACACACACACACUGUAUAGGAACCAGAUGCACACUGUCACAAACACACACACACUGUAUAGGGACCUGAUGCACACUGACACACACACACACUGUAUAGCAGUAAUGUCCAAACUGCGGCCCUCCAGCUGUUGAGAAACUACACAUCCCAGCAUGCCCUGACACAGCUUUAGCAUUCUCUGACAGCAAAACUGUGGCAGGGCAUGCUGGGAUGUGUACUUUCUCAACAGCUGGAGGGCCACAGUUUGGACAUGCCUGCUGUAUAGUGAACAGAUGCACACUGACACACACACACACAGUAUAGGGACCAGAUCCACACUGACACUGACUAAUGGUGUCAUUAUGCCCCGCCUACCCCCUGGGAAAAGUCAGCGAUUGGGCAGAAUUUGCAUUGGAGUGGAGAUAAAAUGGCACAAUUAGCAUAUAAUCGAGUCAUUAGGCUCCACCGUUGCCACCACCGGUUCUGUGAUUUCGCCAUAUUAUUCUCCCCGUUCUGCCCACUUCACUAGGAAGUGAGCAGAAUUUGGGAGGAAUGCCCACUCUUCCGGGGCUGCGGGGGACUACCUGAGAAGCCGCGAGUCUCCCGCAGAAUCCGGGAGUGUAGGUAAGUAUGACACACACACACACACACAUACAUACAUUGUGCAGGGACACACUGACACACACACAUUGUACAGGGAGAGCUGUCUGCCAGAGAAACAUACCUUCUCAAUCUCCUCUGUCUGUUACAGGGCAGCUCCAGCGCCCCCUCGUUCAGACGCUGCUGCACUGUGUCCCAGUGGAGCCCACCGGAGUUUCCCCUGUGGGCCCCACUAUUACAGACAGCCACGCUGGGCCCCGGUAAAGGGGGUGGGGCGGAGCUUAAUAAAGUGGGUGUUACUAUCCUUUUUAAUAUACAAGUAUAUUACUAAAAUAAUUGCGGGGCCAUAUGCUCCACAAGGGAGGAGGGCGUUUAACACAGGGGGGCAGAGGCGUGCAGGGAGGGCACCCGCAUCCUUCCUUACUUGAUCUAGAGGCGGGUCCCUCCUCCACGGCCAGCGCCAUCUUCCCAGUGAUAUUUAGGAACAGGACGCCAGUCACUACAGAGCGAAAGGGGUGUGGCCUAUGUAAAAGGUGUUGUGGCUUCGCAGGAGAACGUUCGUUACUGAGGAACCAUGCCCAGCACUCUGUGAGCUGCUGGCAUGACCCUCUCUCUCUGUCUCCGUUGCUAAGCAGAGCAGCAGUGACAGAAGCCUCCUAACUGCCCUCAUCCCCGGCCCGCGGGUGGGACAGUCCCUAAAAAAGGGACUGUCCCGCAAAAAUCGGGACAGUUGGGAGGUAUGCAUCGCCUUCCUGCAGCAUAAACUGACCCUCCAGGAUGGUGGCUACAUUAACCCCCCACCCGAAGCCUAUUCCUAACCCCCUGAGUAGUGUUGGGAUCCCGGCGUCAGUAUUUCAACUUGACCGGAUCACCCUGUGCAUGGCAGUAAGGUAGUUACAGCUCCUACUGCUGUUUUUAAACAAUGCCCAGCUUUAGAAAAGGCUGGCCAUUCCCACAAAUCUACUCUCAUGUGCUUCUAUUGGUGGUCAAAGGAUGCUCUCCUCCUGUCACUUCUGGUGAGGGACAUGGAGUGUUUUUUAAAGUACCGUAUCUCACCCCCUGGAUGAACUGUAAGGUGGUGAGCCAACCUGGCCACUCCCCCAGCUGGCUGACGUUGCCUUGGAUGAGAGGGAGACCUGGGAGGGGUAGAUGUAUGAAACAGUGAAAACAGUAAAGAAGGGUGUCAGUGGAGAAGUUGACAAUGGCAACCACCCAGCUGUGAAGUAACAUUUAUCAAGUACAUUUAAAAUGAUAGGUAAUAGCUGAUUGGUUGCCAUGGGCAACUUCUCCACUGGCUCACUUCGCCACUGUUUUCACUGAUUCAUACAUCUACCCCUCAGCAGUAGUGCAUGCAGGGGGGGUUUCUGAGUACCUGGAAACCCCCCCGAUGGCGAAUAUUAUUUUUUAGAUGGAGACAGCUCUGCCUCCGUCUCUACAUUGACAGCUGCAGUAACAAUUGGAGCUGUCUAUGGCUCAACAGAGCUCUCCUGUGUUUUUAAAUCCACAGGAUUGCUGAUGGGAACUGUGGGCACUCGGCAGUGUGCACUGCUGGGCUGGCUUAACCUUGCCUCACCGGUGGCCAACUCCUUUACUCUGCCGUGCCUCUGGUCCAAGCGCCACUUCUUUUUCUCUGCUAGACCGUGACGGGACUUCAAGGGAUCUACUCACCAGCUCCAUGGUGGCUGCACAGAUGGAGAGACCCUUGCACCAGAGGUGCUAGCAUCAUGUUACCUGCUCCCCGUUCCAGCCCCUCAGGUGGAUCCCCACGAUCUGUAGGUGCCCGCCUCUUGGAUAUUUUCAAUAUCUACCAUGCCCAUACUUGCCUACUUUUGAAAACUAAAAUCAGGGAGAUUACAGUAGCAUGUGCCGUGCAAAGCGCGGCGUGCCGCCAUGGGGGCAUGUCAAACUCUACCCAAAGGGCGUGUCUAGUUCCACAAAUAGGCGUGCCUAUGCUUAAAUGCUUGUUGUUGCAAGAUAUUUCUAUAUAACAUUAGUAACAAUAUAUUUUGGGAAGUUUUGCAAGUAUUGAUACUAACAUUACUGCCUGAAAUACAGGGUUUCUUAUUUGCAAUAUGUUUUCGCUGUGAUAUUUCUUUUCUUCUCACUCAGCACAAUAUGCAUGGUAAAUGUGAUGCCUACUGUAUGCAAUAAAUUCCAAAUGCAAGUUGA